AUGACGGAAAAGAAAUUUUUAGCUGUUAUUUUUGCUUUAGAAAAAUUUCGCCCUUAUAUUUUGGGAUUUGAAGUUACAGUUUUUUCAGACCAUGCAGCUCUACGCUACCUGAUCUCAAAGAAGGAGUCCAAGCCUAGAUUGCUGAGAUGGACUAAUGGGCAGACAGAGGCGUCCAACAGGGAAGUGAAGACAAUUUUGGAAAAGGUGGUCAACCUAGGAAGAAAGGAUUGGAGCCUCCGACUUGAUGGCGCUCUAUGCGCCUACAGGAAAACUUUCAAAACUCCUAUUGGAAUGUCCCCUUAUCGAAUGGGCUUAUUGGGCUAUCAAGAAGUGCAAUUGGACUUAGAGGCAGCUGGGAAGGCCAGACUUUUACAACUUCAGGAGUUGGAAGAGUUGAGGUUAGAAUGUUUUGAUAAUUUCUUGAUUUAUAAGCAAAAAGCGAAGGACCUUCAUGACAAGAUGCUUGCAGCCAAGGAAUUUCAGGCAGGGCAAAAGUGGAUUGGGCCCUUUGGUGUUUCUCACGUUUAUCCUUAUGGUGCAGUAGACAUUAUUAAUCUUGAGACAGAAAAAUUCAUCAAAGUUAAUGAGCACAAGUUAAAGGUCUUCCAUGAUGGCGAGUCUUUGGACUCGCCGGUCUACAUCUGA